ACCCCUCGGCGUGGGCUUCUCCCUCGUAAAUAGAAUUUUGAAAAUGCGAUCGGACUUUCCGCAUUCAGUAACAUUCAAAAAUAUUACACAGGCUUUUUUUAUCUUGGGAAGACUUGUGAAUAAAUAAGAUUAAUGAGGGAAAAGACACAAAUUUUGGAUGUUAUUAUUUCCGUUCCAAGUGAUAUAUAAUGUUGGAAUCGACACGUGAACACCAGUCAGAGAUUUCCUCCCCGAGAAGACGUGCACGUACGCGAAUCAAAUAUGGAAAAAUACAUAGUAUUGUUAUUCACAAUUCUCUGCCUUUCCGCGGCACAACAAGUGGCACAAAAACCUGUACCCGCUGACGCUGGUGGUACAGCCAAUGGAAAUGGUGGGGCAGGAGGAGUCGGUGGACUUUUACCAGGAGUAGGUUCACUCCUCGAGCAUAACGUCCUUCCAGGAGUAGGUGGACUGCUUAAUGGCAAUCUCCUACCAGGUAUAGGCGGAUUACUUAAUGGUAAUGUGCUGCCAGGAGUCGGUGGACUUCUAGCAGGUGGUGGCCAGCAAAACGGUGGUGGUCGUCCAGGACUUGGUGGACUUCUUGGUGGUGGCCAGCAAAACGGUGGCGGUCUUUUAGGACUUGGUGGACUUCUCGGUGGUGGCCAACAAGGCGGCGGUCUCUUAGGGCUCGGUGGUGGCCAACAAGGCGGCGGUCUCUUAGGACUCGGUGGCUCGCAAAAACCACAGAAGGGAAAUAAGUGAAGUACCAAAGAACUACGUAAAUCACUAUCGCAAUCCAGCGUACAGAAAAUAAUUUUACUGAUGCACCAGUUACAAAACAAUAGACUUCACAUUACUUUUAUGGAUUUUUUGCAAUCUAAUCUACUGAUAAAUAUUAAGAAUUUAAAAUUAAACAUCUGGAGAGAAUAAUGCUACCUCCAGGACCGUUAUCGCAAUAUUUUAAUUAAUUAGUGUAGGAUGAUAUCGAUUGUCAUGAAACGGGAAAGUAUGAUAUUUUGUAUGUUUUGUAUGUAUUAAAUAUAAAACCGUAUGUAUGCGUUGAUUGUUCAGAAUUUUCUAAAUAAAUUUUCAUAAACCCAAGAGCGCGUCAUAAAUUACUCGACAGAUUAUAUCGGUCCAUUAUCCUCCACGUGUUCAUGCUUUUUAUACUACCAUUUCCACCAGUCGCAAUGGUAUAAAUCCAAAAUAAUUUCCAAAGUGCGGUAUUCAUUAUCGGACAGUAGUACCACAUUGUUAUUCAUGCCGUUAUUCCUGUGCCAAUCAAAAUAAUGACUUAUUAGUGACGUUGGUCGUAAUUCAAGCAGACUAUUUUUUUAAUACACAACAAUUCAGAUAAAAACCGCAUGUGCGAAACUGAAAUAAACAGUUGUUCAUCGCAAGGUGACCACGAAAAAUUUAUCCGAGAUGAAUACUCAUUUAAUAAUUACCCUUUUGUGCUUUGCAUUCGCAUUAUGUGUCAGCGGAAAUCCAGUUGAAGAGGAGCAAGUGGCUACUGCUGCAGCCGCUGCAGCUCGUCCUGCGGCCGCUGCCGCCAGUAGUGCAGCAGGUGUUGUUGAGAAGGAUUUGGAUACUGUGGUAACUCAGGUCGAGAAGGCUGGGGACUCACUGCUGCAUGCAGGAGGGGAUCUCCUCAAGAACAACCCCCUGAGAGGUAUUUUUGGGAACCUAUUCCACUCUGCCGCAGCCGCGUCGAGUCAAAGUUAAAGUAUUUGUAGGCGGAGGAGUUUGACUCCGGAUGUUGUAACAAUUUUAUGUACAAAUUAAUAAAUUGACUUUUGAAUUCGGAUAA